AUGCUUUCCGUUGCUCGCCAUGUCCGGACCGUCGCCUCGGUUCCCGCGGGGCUCCGGCUCCCGCUGCGUCGCGUCCGCUGGAUCUCGACCAGGAAAGCUAGCGUCGAGUCGGGCGUAGAGGCCAAGCUGAACGAGGACGACACUGCCGGCGCCAAGGACAAGAAGGAAAACAUCUACAUCCCCGGCACGCCGCUGGCCCAGAAGCUGGUGGACGCAGGCAUCUACGAAAAGCGUCGCCGUGUCUGGGCUUCCGAGGAUGAGAAGCUCGCCAAGCGGGAGAUGAGCAAGGAGGAGAGGAGGAAGCUGAAGGCUGCCGAGAAGGAGGCCGGCGUAGCGCCCAAGAUGGACAAGAGGACAAAGGCCUACAAGCAGAUGGUGGCCCAAGCGGGCAAGGACCCUAGGACACUGCGCAUCAAGGCCGAUAGCGCCCGCGUCAACAUCGUCAGCAAGAAGCUCUGCAACGACGUGCUGGCCUACAUGGCUCCCUCGCUGGAGCGCCACAAGGGCUGCGACAUCAUAGACCUCUACCCCGGCGCCGGCCUCUUCAGCACCGCCCUCUCCGACUUCCUGCAGCCGCGCUCCCACAUCCUGAUGGAGCCCGACCACGUCGCCUACACGCCCUUCCUGAAGCCCCUGCUUGACCGCCCCAGCACCGUCGUGGUGCCCGAGUCCGGCGUCGUCUGGUCCAAGCUCAGUCGCAUCCUGACCCCUGAGUUCCUGCCCCACCAGGUCCCCCGCCCGCGUGACGCCCCGCCCGAGCGCAACGACACCCUCCUCGUCGUCGGCAACAUCAACUUCUCCCCCAAGAAGAAGCUCGGACAGUUCAGCUCGCUGGGGAACCUGCUGCUGUACCAGUUCAUCCACUCGGUCGCCUCGCGCUCGCUCUUCCAAAAGUACGGGCUCGUGCGCAUGUUGCUCUGGUGCGGCGUCGAGGAGAAGCGCACGCUGCUGCCCCGCACCCUGCAGCGCCGCAAGCGCACCGCCAUCGACGGCGAGCUCGCCGCCGAGUACAUCCACGAGAUCGCCGCGUACGACGAUGGCACCAGACGCCUCGAUGGAGUCUUCUGCAGAGACCACUUUAUCGACCUGUACACGUGCCACAAGACCCUCCAGCGCAUGCGUGCCGCCGGCAUCGACACGCCCCCGGGCAGGGAGACAGAGUUGAUGCGCACCGUGCGCGCAAUGGAGGAUGCCGGGACCACCAUCCCCGAGCCCGGCAAAAACCCCGUCCGAAUCCUGCGCACCCACCUCAACGAGCUGAACGAUAUUCAAGCCGGCGACCUCAGGUUGGGCAGCAAGCGCGAGACGCAUAACCGCCUUAAAGAGCUGACCAAUAGGACGGUCUGGGACAGCCGCCGCGCGGAGCAGGUCCACUCCCUGCUCCUCGAGCGGGACGCCAUCUCGAAGCUCCGGACAGCGGCGGCGAAGCGCAGGGCCGAACGCGAGGCGGCCGACGCCAGCACCAAAGCCGCCAAGAACAAGCAGAAAAAGGAGCUGGAGGAGCUGGACGAAGAGGAUGGGGUGCUGGUGGAGCGGGAGCUUGCAUGGAACAACGAGGUGAGCGGGCUCGACCACCUCCUCCACGACUUCUUCCGCCUCGUGCGCGACAACCUGCGGCUCGUGAGCCAGGACCCGCCCGUGCUGCAUUGGGACCGGCGCGCGCUCGAGCCCCUGACGGUGGACAAGUCCGAGUUCUUCCCCAACGUGCCGGCCUCGCUGCUCGACAUACAGCCCAAGGUGAUGCACCACCGCCUGCGUGAGAUGGGCCCCGGCUCGUCGCACGCGGCAGAGGAGUUUGACCUGGUCAUGUCGAUGCUCCUGCGCGCCGGCUACAGCCAGCCCAUCGAGGACGCCAUGCGCGCAAUUUGGCACGGCGCCGCCGAGGGCGCCAUGCCCAACUGCCCGAGCCUGCGCGACCCGGAGCGCGCCGGCAGCGGCCUGGCCGGCCUGGCCGGCAAGAACGACGCCCUCUGCACGCGCGUCCUCAACGAGGCCCAGUGGAUGGAGCUGCUCGAGGCCUGGCUGAAGUGGCCGUUCCGGCCCUCGUACGAGCAGCUCAUCGGCGCUACCGAGCCCGGCAGCGAUGCCGAGGAGGAUUGA